ACUACGUCAUCACAGUUGGGUCUCAUGUUUACGUGGAAAACAUGGCGGCGGACUACAAUCAAGAUAGGCAGUGAUUUCGAGCCAAGCCGAACGAGACACGCUUCAGUCUUCAGCUCUGAGACUUUUGUCGCAGACGUUUCGUAUGACGUUCUGUCCCCUUUGUUUCUGCCACAGAGACAGCGGAAAUGGAAGACGAGGAGAGGCAAAAGAAGCUCGAGGCCGGCAAAGCUAAGUUGGCUGAGUACCGCCAGAGAAAAGCUCAUGCAGACUCCCAGAAGAAGCAGAAAAAGAAGAAGAAAAAGAAGUCAUCUGAGGACUCGGAGGGCGAUUUGCUGGGAAGAGUGGCGGGCGAGCCGGAUCUGUCUGUGGGAGGAGAGGAGCUCUUGGGUGGAGGACGAGAUGAAUCACAAAAAGGAAACAAAGAGCUGCCCACCACAGAGUUCACCUUCACCAAGACGCUGAAGAGCGGAGAAACCGUCAGGCACGAUCAGACUUAUAAGAUAGAGCCGGAGAGCGAACUAUCCACCACAGCCGAAGAUUAUUCCUCAGAGGUGAGUCACCAGGUAAAUGGGUGCCAUGAUGAGAUGACAGAGAACCUAAUUAUGUCUCCAGAGGACUUUAUCUGGGAGGAAGUGGAGUCUCUGCAGCAGAUCACUGAGGGACACACCAUGCAGGAGAUGGACGCUUUAACGGCUACGGCCCAAACUGUGGAGGAGCUGAGUGGAGAGGUGGAGGAGAUCCGGUCUGCAGAAGGACUACAGCAGCUGCAGGACUUUAAAGCGGCUCUGAAGCAGCGAGACGGCAUCAUCACUCAGCUCACAUCCAACCUCCAGCAGGCUCGCGAGGAGAGAGACGAGAUCAUGAAAGAGUUCUUAGCGCUGACAGAACAGAGCCAGAAACUGCAAAUUCAGUUCCAGCAGCUGCAGGCAGACGAGGCGAUGAGGAGCACCAGCCGCAGCAGCGCUGCCGCCGAUCUUCUGCAGGCGAGGCAGCAGAUCGUUCAGUUCCAGCAGCAGCUGGAGGAGAUGAACGUGGAGGUCAGAAAGCACCAAGAGAGUAGCAGCGGCCAGCUAGAUCACAUCAAACAGCUCCAACUCAAACUCAACGACGCGGAAAUGUCAGGGAGAAGAUCAGAAGAGUCUUUUACACAAAGGACAAACAAAAAGGACUCGCUGAUUGCUGAGCAAAAACAAAUCAUUUUGAGUCAAGAGCAGGCGCUAAGAGCAGCCGAGGAGGCUUUUGCUCAAACGAUGAGGGAUAAAAAUCAGCUCAUUUCAGACCAAAGCGUAAUAAUCGCGGAACACGAGCGGUCGUUGAACCUGCUCAGAGAGGAGCUUGUCCUUACAGGAAGGACUGCCGAUGACAACAUUAUGCAACGGUCUGAUGAUAAAGAUCUCAUCAUAGCAGAGAAAGAGGGGCUUGUUUCAGAACGCGACCGUUUCAUCGUCCAGCUGCAGGACAAACUGGAGACCUCUGAGAAACACCUGAAGGAACUCCAGCAGCAGCUGGCUGCAAAGGAAUCGGAGCUGGAAAACUUCCUGGAGGAACUGGAGAGCUCCAAAUCCCAUCUGGUCAGGUGUAAAGGUGAAAUGGAGAGUUGUAAGUUACAGUUGGAGGAAGAACAAAUGGAGUUGGCGAGCUGCAAGAGCGAACUCGCUGCCUCUAGACAGAAGGAGCGGAUGUCGUCGAAUGAAAUCAUGCAGCUCAUGGGAACGGUAGAGGAUCUGCAGAAACGUUGCCACCAGGGCAGCGUGUCCGAGAGUGACGCCGUCCAAAAGGUGCAGGAAGAAGCCGUUCGGAAGCUGGAACUUCUCAGGGCAGAGCUGGACGAGCUGUACGGUCAGCAGAUAGUCCAGAUGAAGCAGGAGCUCAAUCUGCAGCAUGCAGCGAGAGUCCAGCAGAUGACUGAGCAACAUCAGGCUGAGGUGAAGCUCCUAAAAACACAACAGAGCUCUUUUGGCAGCGCUGGAGAGGUGGAAGCUCUCAGUGUGAGGAUUAAAAAGCUCCAGGGCACUUUGGAGCAAUCUCAGGCCAUGAAUGAUAAAACUAAACACGAGCUGAAUCACGUCAUCCAGGAGAAGCUGAAGCUGCAGGAGAAGGUUGAAUAUCUUCUCCGAGAGCUCAGUGCUGCUAAGGAAGAAGCGGAGCGAGUUUCUACCAGUCUGGUCUCUCAGGAACGCAACCGGGACGAGCUACUGCAUCUCCAGGAAACCAUCAACGCCCUGAGGAACGAGCUGUCGGAGGCUCGGGAAGCUGCUCGAGAAGAAGAAGCCAAACACGAAUCGGAAAUAACCAAUUAUAAGAUCAAGCUGGAGAUGCUAGAAAGGGAGAAGGACGCCGUUCUGGAUCGAAUGGCCGAGUCGCAGGAAGCAGAGCUGGAGCGGCUAAGGACUCAGCUUCUGUUUAGCCAUGAGGAGGAACUUACAAAUCUUAAGGAGGAACUGCAAAGAGAGAACUUUUUGAACACGGAGAACCUUCUCAACGAAGCAGCUGUCAGACACCAGAAGGCUCUGGAUGAGCUGGGUGUCAGUUAUGCAGAGCAGCUGGGUAUGAUGCAGACAGAGAAGGCAGCUUUUGCCAUGGAGAGGGACGAACUCCUGAACCAAACUCUCGGGCUCAAAGAGGAUCUGAAGCUGGCCUUGCAGAGCUCAAGAGCAGAUGAGCUGGUGCUGCAGCUCCAGGAGGUCCAGGCUGAACUGGAGGAGCUUCGGAAAGGAACCCAAGAGCAAGCUAAGAUGCAAAAUGAAAUCCAGUCGUUGUUAAAAAAGACAGAAGAGCUGGAAAAUCAAACAAAAGACAAAGAACACUGCUGGGAGGAGAAACUAAAGGAGCGUGACGUAGAGAAGGAGGCCCUGGUCGAGUCCAGUAACACUUUAAAAGAAGAGAUGAAGUCAAAAAACCUGAAAAUUGAGACUCUCACAGCGGAGUGCAAUCGCACCCAGCAACAAGUAGCCGAGCUUCGCGAGGAAAUCGAAAAGCAGAGGACGACUUUUUCCUUCGCAGAGAAGAACUUUGAGGUGAAUUAUCGAGAGCUGAAGGAAGAGUACACUUGUCUCUCCCAGGCAAAGACGCAGCUGGAGGACAGGGCACGGAGGGAGACACUUGAGUUCGAGGCGAGAAUUGCACACCUUCAGUCGCAAAUUCAAAAGUACGAGGAGCGUAGCAGAGACGUCAGGAUGGAGGAGGAGAAGACUGAAGACGAAGCUGAGAUGCACAAAGAUGCUGUGGAGCUAACGGAGAAGCUUCAUGUUCCUCUGAGGGAGGAGAGGAGCCUGGACGAAAGGCUCUCUGAAGUUACAGGUCAGCUAAAGUUCACAGAGAGCAAAGUGGGACAGCUGGAAAGGGAGUUGUUACAGGUGAGGCAAGAAAACAUGGAGUUCGUUGCAGAAAACAAAAGCCUGAGAGAAGAAAAGAAGCAGCAGGUUAGGAGUGAGGGAGCGGGAGAGAAGGUUUCCCGGCAUCAGCGUCAGAUUCAGUCUCUGCAGGAGGAGAUCGAGACUCUUCAGUGCCGCUUACACGCAGCUGAAGCAGAGAGAGACGGCGUCCAGCACACUCUGGAGCUCCUCAGGCUUUCACAGACGCCGUCUCCAGCAGCGGGGCUCUCCUCGGGGGAGGGACCUGUUGAUGGACGAUUCUCCCCACGCAAGUCUGCAGCCUCAGGGUCAGGCAGGCGCAAGAGACGGCAGAGGUCGAAGCAGGAGCGCAAAGCUGGCGGCGCUCUCCCAGACAGCAGAGAAGAAAAGCAAAAGGGGGAGGAAGAGGGAGCUGGAAGUGCUGCAGAGGAGGAGACGCUGCCUCAGAUGCAGAGCCAGGUUGUGUCAUGUUCACCGGAGAGGGCCGGUAAGGCGGACUCUGCUGACGGGUACCAGGGAGACGGAGGCAGCGGCGAAACGGUGAGCAGACAGGGGAUGGGCUUCCACGCGGGGCGCGCUGUGUGUCAAAGAGCAGAAGAGAAGGAAGAGCCCCCCGAGCAUGGUGAGUUCAGGCUGCAGAUGGAAGCUCAGCGGAUCAGCCUGUCUCAGAUCCACGCCGCUCAGCUGGAGCUGCUGCAGGAAGAGGCCGACUCCUGCACGCGCUCUCUGGAGGUGAAACUCCAGGACCUGAGAGACCGAAGCCACCGAGAUGAACAAAACAUCUUCAAAUACCAGAGCGUGAUGGAAGCUGUGUCCGAGGAAUGCAGCGAGAUUGUUCGGUCUUUUCAGAAGAUUCUUGGCAAAGAGUUUUUGGAGAGCGUUGAUGCAGCCGGCCCCUCGGUUAUUUCUGCAGAAAGAGAAGCAGCUAGUGAAUCCGUCUCUGUUGUUCUGGAGGCCAAAGAGCUUUACGGGAAUCUUCAGCAGGUGAGAGAGAGGAUAGAGCAGGAGCACCAUCGACUUUCUCAGCUCCAGGCUCUGCUGAGGGCUGAUGGAAACAGGAUAACUGAGCUGCAGACGGCCUACGAUGAGCUGAAGACCAGCAGUGAGAAGCAGAUCUCUGACCUGCAGCUGCAGCUGGACACGAUGAACACCUCAGUCCCUGAUGUGCAGGAGCAGGCUGGGGUAUCUGCCUCCCCCUCAGUGGACCUGCUGACGCUGAGGGCCGAGGCUCAGGAGAAGCAGCGCCAACUGGAGGAGAGUCACCAACAGGACAUGGAGCGUCUCAGAGCUCACUACCAGCACCAGGCUGCAGAAACCGAGGAGAGAUACUCUACAGAGCUCUUCAUACUGCAGCAGCGACUGCAAGAGGUCGCAGGACAAAAGACCUACUACAGCUUGUCCAGUGGUCCUGAGUCUUUGUCUGAGGCGAUGGAGGAGGAGCUAAAGGACUUGUCAGAAGGAGGCGUGGAGUCGCCCUUGCCUCCUAGCCCCUCUGGCCUGACAGCACAGCUGCAGGCGCUGAAGAAAGCCCUCUUCCACAAGUACGCCCAAGAAGUAGGCGCGCUCAGAGAGCAGCACAGUAGUGAGCUGAGGAGACUGAGGGAGGAAAGGGAGCAGGAGAGAAGACUGGAGCAUCAGAAAGACGGAGGAAAGAGAAAGCUGGAUCACAACAGUGAUUUCGGAGCUGAAAACUCCUCCGGGAGCUUCGCCGUCUCCAGAUCACUCCACAUGGAGGAGGACCAUCAGGAGAGGGUGGAGGAGGAAGUUGCAAAGGCCAUCGUUCAGAUGUCUGUGGAGUUCGCGCAGCAGACCGAGCUGGCCCGUAUCGACAAACGCGCCCGGCAGACCAGCACCUCCAUGCAGACCCAUCUGAACGAAGACCAAACGGGGUACGGGGAGCUGGAGGAGCAGACACCAAGGACUUCUCCCACGGCAGGAGCCGGGCCGGAGGAAGAGGAGCGGCGAAGAUUGGAAAGAGAACUAGAGCAGAAGAACGCUGAGAUCAGGAAGUUAAAGGAGAAGCUGCAGAAAAGUGAACCUGAGCAGGCUUUAAGGAGGGACGACGAAGGCGGACAGUUAGGGGAGGGGGACGAUGCACAACUUGAAACACUAACUGGAGGACCCAGACUAACCCUUCAGGAUGGUGAUCUUUCUGAGAAAGAUACUGAAAGGAGUUUGUUGCGUAGAGCAAACAAAAAGCUCAGCCAGGUGCUGGUCGACGUCCUGAAGACAACCGCAGCUGCAGAAAAAACUUUGGGCCUCCACAUGCAAAGUUUGCACGACUCUUCUGCUGGAUUGCAGCUUCCACCCUUCGCCGUGCAGACAGACAACUCAGAGCAGCAGAAACGUUAUUCUGCAGAAAGCUACCAGAGCAGCGAGACGAGUGCCGACAGCGCAAGCAUCCGGGCUGGAGAGCUGGAGGCCGACGAGGGUCUGGAGAUGUCCCAACAUCUGAUGGACAGCCGUCUCCUCAGUGCGGAGCUGCAACUCCAGAACGAGGAAUAUUUUAUGGGCGUCAGCAACCGGCUUCAGACAGCUCUGGAGAAGAUGUUGAUGGCCAUCACAGACUCAACCAACCAGCUCGAACAUGCCCGGAUGACCCAGACGGAGCUGAUGAGGGAGUCCUUCCGCCACAACCAGGAGAUCAGUGAGCUGCUGCAGAAGCAGGAGGAGCUGCAGGAUAGGCUGUCUGAGGAGGCCCAGGCCCGGGAGCAGCUGGCUCUGGAGCUCCAUCGUGCUGAAGGCCUCAUCGACGGCUACACGGGUGAGCGGGCCGUGCUGGAUGAUCAGCUGCGUCAGAAGGAAGAGCUCCAGCUGAGCCUCGAGCAAGAGCUGCAGGUUACAAGUAGCCGGCUGCACGAGUUGGAGCAGGAAAGGCUUCAGAUGCUUGAGGAGCGUGAACUGCUGUCACGGCAACAGGACGCCAUGAGGGAGGAGGCGGGCCCACGCGAGCUUUGCCUAGUUGAAGCUGCAAUGGUUGCAGCACCUGAAGCAGACCUGCUGGAACAAACGGAGAAGCUGAUGAAAGAGAAGGUGGAUGUCCAGCGGCAGGCGGAGAAGGAGAACUCGGACCUCUGGAAGCAGGUGAAGCUGCUGGAGGCGGAGCUGGAGGAGCAGGUCAGCCGGGGGAUUGAGUUGGAGCACGCUCAGAAAAUGGAGAGCGGAGACCUCCGGCAGCAGAUUCAAGCUCUGGAGAAACAGCUGGACAAGAACAGGAAGUUUCUAGAUGAGCAAGCUGUGGACCGGGAACACGAGAGGGAUUUUUUUCAGCAAGAGAUCCAGAAACUGGAGCAGCAGCUGAAGAGUCCGCAGAAGCUUCAGAUUGGCUCCGAGCGAAGAAACCAAGAGGUGGAGCAGCUGACCUCCCAGCUGAAGGAGAAGGCAGAUUGGUGCAGUGAGCUGCUGCUCGGCUCCGAGCAGCUGCGUCGUGAGUUGGGAGAGCGCGACGAGGAGAUAGAAAAGCUGGAGAGCCGCAUCAGAGAGCUGGAGCAGGCCCUGCUGGCCAGUGCCGAGUCCCUGGAGAAGGUUGAACAACAAACCCAGCAUGAAUCCAUCACUCAGGCUAAACAGUCCACGCUGGAGGCUCAGUUACAAACCGAGAGAGAAGCUCUGGAGAGGAAAGAGAAAGAGAUCUGCAACCUGGAGGAGCAGCUGGAGCAGUUCAGGGAGGAGCUGGAGAACAAGAGUGAGGAGGUGCAGCAGCUUCACAUGCAGCUGGAGAUCCAGAGGAAGGAGAUAAGCAGCCAGCAGCAAUUCCUGGAAACACGGGACGGCAUGCUCCAGGUGAUGGAGGAGAAGGACAGGGAAAUAGCUCUUCUUAAUGAACAGAUCACUAAGCUUCAGCACAUGGAAACAGCAUCUGACAACAAGGAAAAUGAUGAGAGGGAGGAGCUAAUUAAAGACUUGGAGUCUCAGGUGGAGUGCCUGCGGAGUGAACAGGAUCGCGUAAAGAGAAGUAAAGAAGAAGAGCUUGAUCAGCUGAAUGAAGUCAUUGAGAAACUUCAACAGGAACUUGCCAACAUUGAGCAGAAACCGGCUGCAGAGGAAGAGGAGGAUGCUGAAGGCAGCACGUGGGGGCCGACCAGAGAGGAGUUCUCCGAGAUGAAGCAAAAGAUGGACCAAGCCAGCGGAGAGCUGGAGGCACUGAGAUCGGAACAUGGGAAGCUGCUGGAGACGUACUUUCGUUUGAAACAGAGUGCAGAGGCCUUGGCCGAAACGGAAAACGUGGACGGCUCAGAGAGCGAGCUCGAAGAAGCUCUCAGAGAGAAAACUGCAGGUCUGGUGGUGUUGCAGGCCGAAGUCCAAGCUUUAGAGCAGAGCGCUGCGUCCAGAGUGGAGGAGUUAGACCUCCGGAUCCAGGAGCUAGAGGAGUUGGUGAAGGAGAAGGACUCUGAGGUAAAGCGUUGUCGACUCCUUGUGGAGGAAAAUCAAAGCUACGCAGACGAUCUCCAACAGAGAGUCUCUGAUCUGGAGGAAAACCUGAGGGAGAAAGUGGCUGCUGUGCUGGUCAGCCAGGCUACGCUGGAGGCUUUUCAGCAGCAGCAGCAGGAGUCCGAGGCAUCCAAGCAGGAGCUGCAGAGACUCCCCGCCCCUCUAGUCUCUAGUUUUGGUGACUUUGGCAUCCCACAGAUAGAUUUUAGUGGAAUAAGCCGAGCUAAGCCAUCACCAACGGGGAAGGUGGUCCAUCUGACGCAGAAGCUUCGAGAUCUGGAGGUUGGACUCAUGGAGAUGCAGAAAGACCAGGAGCUCCAGCAGCAGCUGCUGUCCAGCUCUGAGGAGGAGGUACUGGAUUACGAGAGGAGGCUGGCUGUGCUCGUGGAUCUCCUUAGUCAGAUGAAGGCCGGGCCGCACCGAAGAGCCUCUUCAUCUGUGGAGAUCUCCUCCUCUGAGCAGCCGCCCGUGUCGCAGCUUCUUCAGGAGUUACAGGAGGUCAAAGAUGAGACCGCCGCCACCAAACAGCAGCUGAAAACUUCUAAGGAGAGCUGCAGCAGACUCGAGCAGGAGCUUCAAGAAAAAACGAGAGCAAUGGAGAAACUUCAACUUCAUAUGGCGGAAGAGGCAACGACGUCCGAGCUUGAAGGAAAACUGAUGGAGGCUCAGAAAGAGACGGCUUCGACCAAAGAGGAGCUGAGCAGCUGCAAAGAGAGUUUAGAGAAGCUGCAGGAGCUGCUGCAGGAGCGUGAAAUGACCAUCGCCCACCUUAAAGGAGAAAUUUUCCAAGUAAAAGCUGCAGAAAAUGGAGCCGACAGGACAGAGCUCCUCCAGGAGCUCGAGAAGGUCAAACAGGAGGCAGUUUCCACCAAAGAAGAAGUCAGCAGCUACCGGGAGGAGAAUAAGAAACUCCAGGAAGAUCUCCGAGCUCGAGAUGGUUUGAUUUUAAAAGUUGAGGAGGAGCUCCAGGAGAUGAGGAACAGUGUGGACACCACCAAAGAAGAGCUUAAUGAGUACAAGCAGCAAAAUGAGCAACUUCAGGAGAACCUUCUUGCCCGCGAAAGCUCGAUUUUUAACCUUGAAGAGCAGCUCCUAGAGGUGAGGAGCAUCAUGGACACCACCAAAGAAGAACUCAACAACUACAAGCAGCAGAAUGAAAAACUUCUUCAGGACUUACAUAACCGGGAACUGUCCAUUUCAAAGCUAAACGAGGAGCUGCAAGAAAUUCAGAAAGCAUCAGUGAAGCCACCUGAAUCUGUUCCUCCAUCUCCCUCACCUUCUCUCUCCCCAUCUCCAUCUCCUCAGCCGCUUUCCUCAGCCUCUUCCACCUCCCAGCCCAAGAGGAAAGGAGGAAAACAGACGGCCGCUAAGGGAAGCACUUCCAAAGAAAAGUCACCACUCUCCCGGAAAACCUCUUCCAGCCGUGUGAGCAGCGCCUCGGAUCAGCGACGUGCGUCUGCCACAGACUCGUUCAUGCAGACCGAGCCGCUCCAAACGUCCAAUCUCAGUCCUGAAAGCAAGCCCACCACCAAAGAAGAGAUAGAGGAGGUGAUUGGGAAGUUUCAGGAGAAGAUCGCUCAAAUGCGAGAGCUCCACGCAGCGGAAAUCCUCGACAUGGAGGCUCGGCAGAUUUCAGAGAGCGAGAACCUGCGCAGAGACAACCAAACUCUGGAGGAUGAAAAUAAAACCCUGAAAGCUGUCCUAGAAAAACUCUGCCCGACAGAGGCUCCUCCUUCAAGACACGACCGUCCAGCAUCCCAGUUUAAGGAUGGAUACACCAGUGACAGCAGCUCAGACUACAGCCAGAGGACAGGAUGCGACGUCCCGAGCUUACAGCAGGAGUUCAGGACGACUCCAGAAGGCGCCAGGAGAGAUGCAGACGAUCCGCUUCCCGAUAGGAUAAAGAUGUUGCUCCGUGAGGUGCACCAGGAGGGCAUGCAGGUCCUUUCUCUGUCCGAGCUCCCCAUCUCCGAGGGGGAGCCGGGAAACCAGUUCAGCGUGGAAGGCUGGGUGAAGGAGAGAGACGCCCUGCUGGCGACGGUGGAAUCUCUGAAAGGCCUCAUCACGCAGAUGCAGACAUCAGGCGGCACAGACUGGCGCGCCGAGCUCCUGGAUGCCGUUCGGCGUGUUUUUGUGGCAGAGAGGAGCGUGCUGAAGCGUGCUCUCUACAGCCAGCUGGACCUGCUGGACACCAGUGACGCCGUCGUUCACCUCAAUCAGCUGGAGCGUAGACUGGCUGAACAGGACGCCCAGCACAGAGAGGCCAUGGGUUCACUCCACGCUGCAGAAAGGUCAAGUCUCGUCUCUGAGGUCCAUCAACUCCGAGCUCAACUAGAACAUCUUCAUCAAGGGACACAACCUGGCCUGCCUUUGACUGGUGAAUGUAGCACAAAGGAGCAGAGGGAGGGAGGAGGAGCUGAUGGAGCGGCAGAGGCCAUCCAGUUGCUCGUAGAAGAGCUGAAGGUGGAACUGUCUCAGACUAAAUGGGAGCUGGAGACGACGCUCAAGGCCCAACACAAACACCUGAAAGAGCUGGACACGCUCAGGGUGGAGGUGACACAGAAGGCUGCAGAGGUCGAUGCGCUGAACGACCAGCUGAUGGAAGAGAGGAAGAGAAGCAGAGAACUUCAGUGGGCGGUGGAGAAGGAGAGGUGUCAAUCUGGGAAGAGUGAGGAGAACCAACGAGAGGAGCUGGAGGACCUGCAGCUGACGGUGGAGGAGCAGAAGGCUCUUGUGACCCAGCUGACCCAAACCCUGGAGCAGGAGAGACACGCCUCCUCUGAGCUCUCCCAGAAGGCCGAGCAGGAUCACCUCAGCCUGCAGAGUCGUCUGCAGGAGCUCCAGGUGCAGCUGGAAACGGAGCGAGCUAAAGCUGCAGAGGUGAGCUCUGCUCUGGGGAGAGAGCGAGAGCUGCGGAGAGUUGUCUCCCCUGACAGUGGCCCCUCCCGCGAAGAGGAGAGUCUGCUGGAAAGACUGCAGAAGGAGCUGGAUGACAAGCAUGCACAGGUGGUGGACCUCCUCUGUAAGGUGGAGGCACAGCGUCUUGAGUUGGUUCGAAAAGAGGAGGAGCUGAUGUUGACAAAUCAGAGGUCCAGACGAGACCACGAGGAGCUUCUGGAGGCUCGGGUUCAGUUGGAGACGCUGAAAGCACGAGUGUCUGAGGUGUUGCAGCAGCUGGAGAGAGAAGUGGAGAGGAGGUCGAGUCUGGAGGAGGAGAAGGAGCGAUUAGAGGAGAGGUUGAAGCUGUUAGAGUGGCAGGAGAGUGGAGCUCCACAGCAGAGCAUUUGGAGCAGCAAGUCCACCGACCGGACCAAAGACUGGGUUCUCCAGCAGAAGAGUGGGAGCGCUCAGUCAGCCUCGGCACCUCCUCACAUGAACAUCUCACCGACCAGCCUCACGGGCGGGCCUCACCACGGUCCUUGGCGCACAGCCGACAGGAUUGUGGAGAAACUCCACCUGAUCUCCUCAAAGGUCUGCAGCAUGGCCAGCAAGGCGACUGGCAGUCCGACUGCAGAAGUCGACAGCGGGGAGUUGACAUGGAUGCAGUCCAGUGUUGAUGAGGUCAUCACUAUGCUACUGCAAUCCCCGGGCUUACCCUCUGUCCCAGAGAGCGCGUGUCUGCUGGCAGGAGGCUCCUCCAACACCCUGACGGAGCGGCUGCUGAGGCAGAAUGCCGAGCUGACGGGGUUCGUCAGCCGCCUGACAGAGGAGAAGAACGAUCUGAGGAACCACACGCUGCACUUGGAAGAAGAGCUUCGACGCUAUCGGAAGGCCGGGCUGGGAUCGGGCGACGGCUUCUUCAGGAGAGGAGGGUCAAAGACGGACUCUGCAUCUGAUCUGAUACUCUCUCAGGAACGGGAAGCCUGGACCCGGGAAAAGCUCCGUCUGGAGAAAGCGUUACACCUGGCCCAGUCCCAGGUGGCCCGACUCGGGGCAGAAAUCAGGUCCGAGACGCUGCGAGAGAUAACCGGGCCCGAGGCUGACAAUUCUGCACUAAAGAGGAUGUACGGGAAGUACCUGAGGUCAGAGAGCUUCCGGAAAGCACUGGUCUACCAGAAGAAGUAUCUGCUGCUACUGCUGGGCGGUUUCCAGGAGUGUGAGGAAGCAACGCUGCUGCUUCUGUCCAGGAUGGGCGGCCGGCCUUCGCUCUCCAGCCUGGAGUCCUACAACCAGCGUCGCCGGGGACUCAUGCGCUUCCGCUCUGCCGUCCGGGUCUCCAUCGCCCUCUCCAGAAUGCGUUUCCUCGUGAAGCGAUGGCACAAGGCGACGGGGAUAAGCUCCACUGCUUCCUGCAGCGUCAACAAGAAUGGAGCAGGCCUGGAGGUGAGGGACUCACCAUAUCUUCGCCCGAGCAGCGUGGAGAUGUUUAGAGAGACAGGAGGUGGCAGCGGUGGUGGAGGAGGAGGCGUCUCCAGCAGCAGGGGGAGGAGUGGACGUGAAUCACCACGAUCGGGUGUCUCCUCCACACCCCACAGGUACCACAUGGUUGCAGACCACGGACCUCUUACCUGUUCCCACCUGCAGAGCUACGACCCCGACCGAGCACUCACCGACUACAUCUCCAGACUGGAGGCUCUGCAGAGGAGGCUGGGAAGUGUCACAUCAGGUGCUUCUUCAUAUGCUCAAUUGCACUUUGGCUUGAGAAGAUAGAUGCUGACUAAUGAACUUGUGCUUGAAGAAACUCAGUUGCCUUUUCUCGUGUUGAGCGCUCUGCUGUUUUCCACCAUCCUUCUAUGGACUGCAUCUCCCCGUUUGGACCAAAUCACAUUUUUAUUAGUGUACAUAUUGUAUUCAGGCUUUAGGUCGCCAGCACAUGAAAAAUAAAAUAAAAAAUAAAAACGGCUAUGUUUGUAAUUUAAUCUGCCUCUUUGUUGUGGAUGAUCUACAAUUAUGUAUAUUUGUCUGAUGCUAAUUUAAAGACUUUGUGAUUAAUUUAUAUGUUUGUGUUGUAUGGGUGGAGCGUUACAUUGAGGAUGUGUGGGUUUACUGUUCAGGAGGCUGCUACUGGAAAUCCUUCACUACACUGUGUUUUGUUAAGGCUGGACAGACUACAGGAGUCAUUUGUAGAGAACGUAUUUUUGUAAAAUGUAGGAGCUUUGAAAUUUUGGGGUAUUUUGUCAAAAACUGAAAUAAAAAAUACAUCUUUUCAAAAAAAG